ACAAACCGAGCGAUCGCAGCGGCAGCCCGGGCGGCAGCAGCAGCACCGGGAGGAGGGGCCGGAGGAGGAGGCUGAGCUGGAGCUGGGCCGGCGCUGCCGAGGGCUGCGGGGCGCAACGGAGCUGCAGGGCUCCGCGGGGCUCAUUCAUUAAGCAGCCAGCUGCGGAGGACGGCGACCAGACACCCGAGUGCCCACUCGCAGACUCCAGCGCGCACACGCACGCCAGCCCCGCGCGCCCCAGGCAGCACAACUUUGCAAAAGUUCCUGCCGGGAAUCUGGCUCUCUUCCCCGCGGACUUGCGAACAGUUUGGGGUUGAGAGGAAAGCAGACGCACCAGAGGGGAGGCUACCCGUCUGCAGCUGGGAAGCCGGCGGCCGGGCUGCACGGUUGCCGCCGCGUUCCAGCCCUCAGCGCCCGGGGACGUCUGAGUGUGUGGCUUGUCGUCGCGGGGCCGGAGGCUAGCCCGCAGCCAGCGCCAUGCAAAACUACAAGUACGACAAGGCGAUCGUCCCCGAGAGCAAGAACGGCGGCAGCCCGGCGCUCAACAACAACCCGAAGAAGGGCGGCGGCAAGCGCGUGCUGCUCGUCUGCCUCGACCUCUUCUGCCUGUUCAUGGCGGCCCUGCCCUUCCUCAUCAUCGAGACAAGCACCAUUAAGCCUUACCGCCGAGGGUUUUACUGCAAUGAUGAGAGCAUCAAGUACCCCCUGAAAGUCAGCGAGACAAUAAAUGAUGCCGUGCUCUGUGCAGUGGGGAUCGUCAUCGCCAUCUUGGCGAUCAUCACAGGGGAAUUCUACCGGAUCUAUUACCUGAAGGAGAAGUCCCGGUCCACCAUUCAGAACCCCUAUGUAGCCGCUCUCUAUAAGCAAGUGGGCUGCUUUCUCUUCGGCUGUGCUAUCAGCCAGUCCUUCACGGACAUUGCUAAAGUGUCCAUUGGGCGCCUGCGGCCUCACUUCCUCAGUGUCUGCAACCCUGAUUUUAGUCAGAUCAACUGCUCUGAAGGCUACAUUCAGAACUACAGGUGCAGAGGCGAAGACAGCAAAGUCCAGGAGGCCAGGAAGUCCUUCUUCUCUGGCCAUGCCUCCUUCUCAAUGUUCUCUAUGCUGUAUCUGGUGCUAUACCUGCAGGCCCGCUUCACCUGGAGAGGGGCCCGCCUGCUCCGGCCCCUCCUGCAGUUCACCUUGCUCAUGAUGGCCUUCUAUACGGGACUGUCACGUGUAUCUGACCACAAGCACCAUCCUGGUGAUGUCCUGGCUGGAUUUGUUCAGGGAGCCCUGGUAGCCUGCUGCAUAGUGUUCUUCGUGUCUGACCUCUUCAAGACUAAGACAACCCUCUCGCUGCCUUCCCCUGCUAUCAGGAAGGAGAUCCUGUCACCUGUGGACAUUAUCGACAGGAACAAUCACCACAACAUGGUGUAGGUGCUGCCGGCGGCCGAGCUGUUUUUCUGGAAUGACCGCUGACAGCAUGCCCUGCUGCUCUCCAAUCUCAUCAGACAGUAGAAUGUAGGGAAAAGCUUUUUGCCCAACUGAUUUUGAAAACAUUUAAAGAAAAAAAAAAAGUCUUACCUUGUGGCUUUCCAAAAUAGGUAGUGUUUGAGUGUGUGGAGA